CAACCACCUCCCACCCUGCCUCACCAUGGGCCUGCUGUAUUAUAUCAGUUACAUCGCUGUUCUCGCAGCGUUUGGCUUCGUGACCCUUUCGCUGGCGAGCGGGCUACUAUAUGUCUCAGAGUUGAUCGAGGAGCACUCGAGGACAGCCAAGACCAUAGGGCAACGAGGAAUCUAUGCGAUAAUUCUCCUCCACAUCCUCCUCUACUUGACCGACUCCCUCCCCUUCUGGCGCACGAUAUUCUCCAUCGUCUGCCACAUCGUCUACCUCCAAAACUUCUCCGCCGACUGGCCCCUCAUCUCCCUCGCCUCCCCCUCCUUCGUGCUCUCAUGCAUCCUCGUCAUCGCCGACCACUUCAUCUGGUUCUUCUACUUUGCGCAGAUGUCCGCUGCGGCGCGCCAUUCGCGCUACCGCAAGGACCCUCGUGCGCCUGAGUUCACGGAGGUCGCGACGUUCUUUGGGCUCUGCGUAUGGCUGGCACCGCUAUUCCUGUUCCUCAGCCUGAGCGCGAACGAUAACGCGCUACCUACGCGGUCUGCCGUUCAACCUGAUGCGCCGCCGCCAGCCGUAUCCCGCACGUCGCUCUUCAGGUCUAUGUUCGGUUUCGUCCGAGGCCGCGGGUCCCGCCGCGACGCUACCGGCAUCAUCGCCCCGCCCACCCCACGCACGCCUACGUCGCCAUUCACCGGUUACGGCUCGCCCAAUCUAUCCGGCCGGCGCUCGCCCAACCCUGACGUACUGCUAUCCCCGACAGUUGGCUACGGCUCACCGCAGCCCGACUCGUUCAAGCUCAGCACCCCGCCGCGCCGCUCAUUACAAAACAUGCGCGCGAACACGAUAGACGAGGGCUCGCCCGUCCUGCGGAGCGGGGCGAAGAGCAGGCCGUCUGUGCGGCGGAUGGCGAGCGCGAUGAAUAUGAAUGGGGAGGACUCGUAGAUUUGUGUGCCUUGGUUGGACGCUGGGGAUUGCAGCGCUUGUGGCGACUCUGGGUAGUCUCGUCAUUUAUACCUCUGUAGCAUGGGUGCGAUAUAGUACAUAGUAAUACAUCAUGUAGAAAUUCCAUAGCUUUGCACUCUUCAGAGAUCCGCACUCGUUUCGCAGGCUCCUUGAAUGGAGUAGCGGGGCGCAAGGUGAGGGUUCAGGCUGUCAUCGGCUUGGUGAAUGCUCGGACGGGAUUGCCUCGAAAGGUGCCGACGAAGUGCGCCUUGAACUUCAUGUCCUCUGGGCUGCUAUCGUGAAGCUCGAGAUCUACCCUGCGAAAUACGCUGGCGAAGAUGAGAUAUAACUCGCACCAGGCCAGGUUCAUCCCCACGCAAUU